AUGUAUCACCCAUCAGAGAUGUUUCCCCAAUAUGGGAGCUCCUAUGCUCUGCGACCACCACCCCCUCCUGGAGCUGCCUAUCCCCAGAGUCAGGCACCCCAAUAUGAAGCCUUCAGAUACUCAGAGCUGGAAGCUGCUCCCAAAUUGGAAGGCUUCUUCCCAGGUUUGGACCCUCCUGGGCGCCUCCUGCCCCCAACCCCUGACCUCCCUUAUGGAUCAUCUCAGGCACUCCCAUCAGGCCCCCCAACAACUUCACAGCUACCCCCUGGAGUACGGAUGAGCCUGGAGAACAGCGAGCUCUGGAAGCGGUUCAACGGCAUUGGCACUGAGAUGAUCAUCACCAAAGCAGGCAGGCAGAUGUUUCCACAGCUAAAAGUUGCAGUCACAGGCUUGGAUUCUGAAGCUAAAUACCUACUGCUGGUGGAUGUCGUCCCGGUAGGAGGCUCCCGCUACAAGUGGCAUGGCAAAAAGUGGGAAGCCAGUGGCAAGGCAGAAUUACCACCUCCAGACAGGGUUUACAUCCAUCCUGACUCACCUGCAUCAGGUGCCCACUGGAUGCGCCAACCUAUAUCCUUCCAUCAGCUCAAGCUCACCAACAAUACCCUGGAUCCUCAUGGACAUUUGAUCGUUCAUUCCAUGCAUCGUUACCAGCCCCGAGUACAUGUGGUGGGAGCUGGAGGGCGCCGCGGAGCAGGGGGUGGCUGUGCUUCCUUCACCUUUCCUGAGACGCAGUUUCUGACUGUCACAGCUUACCAGAACCCACAGAUCACUCAGAUGAAGAUAGAAAGCAAUCCUUUUGCAAAGGGCUUCCGAGAAAAUGGCAUGAACAGCAAAAGGUGA